GCUGCAACAGGUGCCUCGAGCAGGAAGCUGGCGCCGCCACCCGCUCCCCAGACGCGUCCAGGACCCACUGCGCUCGGGAGACAUCCCCGGCCCCGGCGUGCGCCCCAGACACGGUGACCCUGGUUCGCGCGAGCCUCCUCCCCUCACCGAGACCCUACCAGGCCCCGUAGCCCGGCUGCCCUGAGCCAUGGACGUCCCCGAGCAGCAGCCCGACCCCGACGGUGGGGACGGCCCAGGCCACGAGCCCGGGGGCAGUCCCCAGGACGAGCUGGACUUUUCCAUCCUCUUCGAUUAUGACUAUCUGAACCCCAUCGAAGAAGAACCGAACGCACAUAAGGCCAUCAGCUCACCCUCCGGACUCGCAUACCCGGAUGAUGUCCUGGACUAUGGCCUCAAGCCAGUCAACCCCCUCGCCAGUCUCUCUGGCGAGCCCCCCGGCCGGUUCGGAGAGCCGGAUAGGCUAGGGUUCCAGAACUUUCUGAGCCCCGCCAAGCCAGCGGGGGCUUCGGGCCCGAGCCCUCGGAUCGAGAUCACUCCGUCCCACGAACUGAUGCAGGCAGGGGGGGCCCUCCGCGGGAGAGACGCCGGCCUGCCCCCCGAGCAGCCGGCCCUGGCCCUGGCCGGCCUGGCCGCCGGCCCGCGGUUCACGCUGCCCGUGCCCGGCUUCGAGGGCUACCGCGAGCCGCUUUGCUUGAGCCCCGCUAGCAGCGGCUCCUCCGCCAGCUUCAUUUCUGACACCUUCUCCCCCUACACCUCGCCCUGCGUCUCGCCCAAUAACGCCGGGCCCGACGACCUGUGCCCCCAGUUUCAAAACAUCCCUGCUCAUUAUUCCCCCAGAACCUCUCCAAUAAUGUCACCUCGAACCAGCCUCGCCGAGGACAGCUGCCUGGGCCGACACUCGCCCGUGCCCCGUCCGGCGUCCCGCUCCUCCUCACCCGGUGCCAAGCGGAGGCAUUCGUGCGCAGAGGCCUUGGUGGCCCCCCUGCCCGCAGCCUCGCCCCAGCGCUCCCGGAGCCCCUCGCCCCAGCCCUCGCCUCACGUGGCACCCCAGGACGACGGCAUCUCCGCUGGGUUCCCCCCCACGGCUGGCUCUGCUGUUCUCAUGGAUGCCCUCAACAGCCUGGCCACCGACUCGCCCUGCGGGAUCCCCUCCAAGAUAUGGAAGACCAGCCCUGACCCGACCCCCGUGUCCACCGCGCCGUCCAAGGCGGGCCUGGCUCGCCACAUCUACCCCGCCACCGUGGAGUUCCUGGGGCCUUGUGAGCAGGAGGAGGGGAGGAAUUCUGCUCCCGAGUCCAUCCUGCUGGUACCACCCACCUGGCCCAAGCAGCUGGUGCCGGCCAUUCCCAUCUGCAGCAUCCCCGUGACUGCAUCCCUCCCUCCACUAGAGUGGCCACUGUCCAAUCAGUCAGGUUCUUACGAGCUGCGGAUCGAGGUCCAGCCCAAGCCUCAUCACCGGGCCCACUACGAGACGGAGGGCAGUCGUGGCGCUGUCAAGGCCCCGACAGGAGGUCACCCUGUGGUGCAGCUCCAUGGCUACAUGGAAAACAAGCCCCUGGGCCUUCAGAUCUUCAUUGGGACGGCUGAUGAGAGGAUCCUUAAGCCGCAUGCUUUCUACCAAGUACACAGGAUCACGGGCAAAACCGUUACCACCACCAGCUAUGAGAAGAUCGUGGGCAACACCAAGGUCCUGGAGAUCCCGUUGGAGCCAAAAAACAACAUGAGAGCCACCAUCGACUGUGCAGGCAUCCUGAAGCUUCGAAACGCCGACAUCGAGCUGCGGAAGGGCGAGACAGACAUCGGCAGAAAGAACACGCGAGUUCGCCUGGUGUUCCGAGUGCACGUCCCGGAGCCGAGUGGCCGCAUCAUCUCCCUGCAGGCAGCGUCCAACCCCAUUGAGUGCUCUCAGCGCUCUGCCCACGAGCUGCCCAUGGUGGAGAGACAAGACGUGGACAGCUGCCUGGUCUAUGGGGGCCAGCAGAUGAUCCUCACAGGCCAGAACUUUACAGCUGAGUCCAAGGUUGUGUUCAUGGAGAAGACCACAGAUGGGCAGCAGGUGUGGGAGAUGGAAGCCACGGUGGAUAAAGACAAGAGCCAGCCUAACAUGCUUUUUGUUGAGAUCCCCGAGUAUCGGAACAAGCACAUCCGCGUACCCGUGAAAGUGAACUUCUACGUCAUCAAUGGAAAGAGAAAACGAAGUCAGCCACAACACUUUACCUACCACCCAGUCCCUGCCAUCAAGACGGAGCCCAGUGAUGAGUAUGACCCUUCUCUGAUCUGCAGCCCUGCCCAUGGAGGCCUGGGGAGCCAGCCAUAUUACCCACAGCACCCAAUGCUGGCCGAGUCCCCUUCCUGUCUUGUGGCUACCAUGGCCCCCUGCCAACAGUUCCGCUCGGGGCUCUCCUCCCCCGAUGCCCGCUACCAGCAGCAGAGCCCUGCGGCGGCUCUCUACCAGCGGAGCAAGAGUUUGAGUCCAGGCCUGCUGGGCUACCAGCAGCCAGCUCUCCUGGCAGCACCCUUGGGCCUGGCCGAUGCCCACCGCUCUGUGCUGGUGCACGCUGGUUCUCAGGGCCAGGGGCAAGGAUCCACCCUGCCACACACAUCCUCCGCUAGCCAGCAGGCCUCGCCUGUGAUUCACUACUCACCCACAAACCAGCAGCUCCGUGCCGGGGGGCACCAGGAGUUCCAACAUAUCAUGUACUGUGAAAACUUUGGCCCCGGCUCUGCCAGGCCUGUCCCACCGUCCAUCAACCAAGGUCAGAGGCUGAGCCCCGGCUCUUACCCCACGGUCAUCCAGCAACAGACUGCCUUGAGCCAAAGAGCUACCAAAAACGGACCCCCAGUCAGUGACCAGAAGGAUGCUACGCCCACCGGAGUGGCAAUCAAACAGGAACAGAACCUGGACCAGACCUACCUGGAUGACGAGCUGAUAGACACACCCCUUAGCUGGAUACAAAACAUAUUAUGAGACCGAGUGACUGGUCUUUGAUCCGAGAAAUCAAAGCGAAAGUUAAUGAAAUCAUCAGGAAGGAGUUUUCAAGACCUCCCCCACGAAAUCAGACCUAGAAACAGCCAUUAUUGCAAGAAACCUUCCGCCUUGGACCCCUCUGUCUCUCCCUGCCUUCUCUGACUGGAACACUGUAUGUGGGCACAGCGCAAGCUGCUGGUGUCGGAGCCUGCCACCCCUCAAAGCUCAUCUCAGCUGAUGUCCACAGAGACUGGAUUUUCACCAGAAAAAGCAACUGCCUGCUGACCAAAGCCCCAUUCUCAACUCACCAGGAAGCUGAGCUUGCCUGAGACCCGAGGCUGGGCUCGGGGAGAGAACUGGGAACUUCGGCCCCAGUCCACAGACAUGACUCCAAUCUCUCCUGAAGGGUGUUUAGACAGAGCAACCAAAAGAACAUGCCCAAGAGUCCAACUUUUGGGCUUGAGAACCCCAGAUCUCUAUAGGAGCCAAAACCAGACCAUCAUCUCUGCCCCAGUCAGGGCAUAGCAGAGCUUUAUUUUGAAUUUUCCUUCCAAAGACGAACUGCUUUGCCCUGACAGGACCACCGGUUCCAACUUCUCGGCGUUAAGUUAUAACACAUGUACAUGCUUGCCAGCUUCUGGAGGCUUUGCUUUGUUUUUCUCUGCUUCAAAGAGCCAACUAAGGUGUCUGCAGGCUGGGUCCUCUCAGCCAGCUACUCCCUAACCCUGCUGCCUGCACCAGACCUCUCAUGGGAUCCAGCCAGGGCUGCCUGUUGAGAACAAUGCUUCCAAAGGCUCCUCUCCACCCUCCUCCCAGACAGAGCCUCCUCCACCCAGGAGCUGGGAGAACCUUCUGGGUCUUUGCAUUGACUGUUACAGAGCUAAAGCCGCCUAGCCCAAUCAAAACCUGCAGGUGUCUGUCAGGACUGCCACCAAGCAGAACAAAGGGACUGAAUUAUCCCCCUCCCCUAAACCCAAAGCAGGAAAGCGCCGGCAUCGCCUGUCGUUCUGGUUUUUACCUGGAUGCAUUUGAGUCGCUGUCGAAUCCAAAGCAUUGCACGUGUAACUUGAGCAGAUCUGCCCCAGCGUGUGCCUUUGUGUGAUGAAGCCCUGCUUGGCCGGGUUGUGUGUCCUGUGGACUUGUCCACACUCGCUCUCACCGGGCUCCUCCACAGUCUUCCUCCCCUGGGCAGUUCAUGUUUCCUUCCAGCAGAGUUCUCCUCGCCAUGAACAAGAUAGUUUUCGCUGCUUGCCUUCACCACAGGAGCCCUGUACACGUUGGGCGGGCAUGUUAAGUGACUUUCUCAGCUCUGUCUGCUAGGCAGAGGACCAAGUAGCAAGCCACAGUGGCUAACUACCCAUCAUGUGUUUCUUACAUUCUGACCUUGCCAAGGCCAUCCCAAGGUAAAUCUUCUUGGGAGCUGGGCCAGCUAUGGCCAGCUCUCCAGACGGAGCCCCCUUGCCUAGGGUUCAGCUUGAGCAUGACAAGUGUGACUUCUUGGCUAAUAUCUAGUAUUUCUUCCCCCUAGCAGCAGCACCAGGCUUCCCUCCACCCACCCCACGCAUAGAGCUGAGCAGAAUUCUCUUUUGAACCCAGAAUGUCCACAAGACGUUAAGCACUAAGCCUCUGAUUCUAAGUACUUCCUAUUAAACAAAGCGAGCUUCCCUGCUGGCCCUUCACUGGAGCAAUACCAACUUGUCUGGGGAAGGGUGACAGGGUUGGUGAGAGAUCAGUUCUCACUUGCCCUGGCUGGGAGCCACUUUUUGCACAUGAGGAAUCAGGCCCUUCCUCAGAUUAUCUCAAUGUUUUACCCAAGUGCCUUCCUGCAAUUGUAGUGAGUAGUUCAGUUGCAUUGUCUACAGAGUGAAAAAGGGCUAACUCAUUUCCCAUUAAUCUUCUAACCAUGUCAGCAAAAGGGUUUCCCGUAGUUCAGACCUUCGUGUGUGUGUGUGUGUGUGUGUGUGUGUGUGUGUGUGUGUGUGUAUGCAUGCAUGUGUGCAAGAGGGUUUCCCACAGUUCAGACUCCUGUACCUUCGUGUGUGUGUGUGUGUGUGUGUGUGUGUGUGCAUGCAUGUGUGCAAGAGGGUUUCCCAUAGUUCUGACUCCUGUACCUUUGUGUGUGUGUGUGUGUGUGUGCGUGUGCGUGUGCACGCGCCCUUCCCUUUAGACCAUCUCAUCUGGAUAGUCUAAGAAACCGUCUCAUAAACAAGUAGACCAGGAGGCCAAGGAGAGAAUGGCAUUUUUUCCAGACAGGCCAGAGAAAGUGUGUGAGUAGCAGAUAGUUAUCAAGGAGGUUUGGUCAGUCGCAGGCGCUAGGAGGAAGCGUCGCUGGGAGCAAUUGCAUCUAAACCGUUUUUAGAAUGGGAAGAUGCAGUCUGAUCUAAGUCAUUGAGAAAAAGAUGCCCGAUUAGUGAAGGUGGUGGUGUUGCAUGUGGGUCAGAAGGAUCGGAGCAGAAAUGUGACUUUGUUAAAUCCAUGGUGAUGUUGGUGUGUGGCACUCUGACCGUCCGUCUUGCUGAAUGUGGUACUUAACUCUUCAAAGUCCGCACAUCUUCCUGAUUGUACAAAGACAGCUGCUGGGAAUAUAUAUAUCCACCCAGAUCAGUAUGAUAUUAAAUUUUAUUUUCUUACCUGGAUUUUGAUGCUUUUUAUCUGCCCUCAAAAUAUCUCAUUCCUGUUGGAGUUAGAACAUAUUUAUAAAUGGUCAGAUGUCUUUUUAAGGUUUUUUUUUAAACAUAUAUAUCUUGAUUUUUCUGUAAGAGAAAUGGUGUGUUUCUGAAUUUUUUUUUUCAUUCCAGAAAAACAAAUCCAAAGAUGCACCUUGGGUCACUGUCAGGACCUCAGGACAGGAGGGAGGGGGACUGGGAGGAAAGAGCAUCUUUUUCUUGCUCGAGAAAGAUACACACUCCUCCAGCCUCAAGCCUGGGUUUUCCCUGAGAAUUGCACACAAAGGGGUUAGUUGGUAGUUUUGAUUUAAAGCCACAGAACCCUGUCUUUUCAUGGACUGACAAGAUCCUACAGCUUGAUCGUGACAGAAACCACCACAUGGAGUCCUCACAGGUGGCCCCGUGGGCAGCAUCCAAAGGACAGCCAUCUUGUGUCCAGCACAUUGGAGCCAUGGGCAGAGGGAGCUGGUUCCUCCCAAGGCCUGGGAUAGCUGGUUCACAUCCAGUAGUCUGGUCAUCUGUCACCCAUCACCACCAGCCACCCUCAGCACUGUCACACAGAGAGGUCGGAAGCAGUGUGUUUUGAUUGUCACUCAGAACCAAAGGGAGGCCGGGUUGGUCUGUUUUUGCACCACAGUGCUCAGCAUUGACAGACUGUGGGUGGCCAAGCUGGGAUGAGCAUUCCUGAACUCUGCUGGACGGACAACCCUGAGGAACCCCACACAUCCCCACCACUGGCAUCUCCCAACCUUGGGCAUCAAAGCUUCAUGGACCCAAACCAGCCAGCUGCAGAGCGAAAGAGUUUCCUGCAAUCCAGGCAGCUGCUAAAAUGAGGCAACAUCACCUUCACCUAUGACCAAUUUACCCGUGCCUUGACAUACAGCCACCAUCCCUGUCUUAACCCAGUUUGUUUACAGCUAACUCUCGUGAUGGGCAAGAGCAGUGCUUCCCUGAGCAGGCCCCUCUGAGGUCACAGAGGGGUCCUAGGAGUCAAAGGGUUAAUGCUGCCUCUAUGCAGCUCCUGAGACAGAUGGGAAUAAAUGUCCCUGCCCUUUCAGCCUUUAGAUGGGCUGGGUGCAGAUGGUGCUGUUGCCAUGUGACUAGGAGCCCCAGUGUUCUGGUUGGCCAGAGCAUUCUGUGGGAGCAUCCCAGACAUCAGAGGACCCUUGUUCCCCAUCAUCUCUCAGCCCUCACAGGGAGUCUCACAAUCCUCCAGCUCCUAGAGGUUGCCCCAGUGAUGCCUGAAGACCAGGGUUUGGGAAAAUCCCGACUGUCUUGAGUCGGAAUAUAGCGCAUUCCUAUGCAAAAUGAUUUUAAUCUUCAGUUUCAUGUAGUUUAUUUUUGCUAUAUGUAAAGUAUUUUUAUACGGCUUGUAUGAUGACAGCUUAGCAAUAAAACAGUUGAGAGCAACUUUU